AUUCCACCACCCACUCCAUCAUAAAUUUGUAGCUCUGAACAUGGCUUUAGUGGAGGAGGAGUUUUGUAACAAUAAAACAAUUACCUAUUUCAUCUCUGAUAUCAAAGAUUGAUUUUUUCCAGCCAUGUUAGGGAAGAAACCUCGUAUAAUGAUUGGAAAAUUGUCUGAGUUAUUGGUUUCUGGGAAUAAACCCGGGUUUUUGGAUGUUGCUACAAGCCCCAGAAGUCCAUUAGAUGUCAAGACUCCAUCACCUAGAGGUUUGAAGAGAUAUGAUGUUGGAGGGGUUGGACUAGGAAUCGUUGCCGCACUGGAGAAGUCUACUACUGAUUCCUGCAGGCAUUCGAUUUGCAGCUCAAAUUUGAAUCGAUCAAAUGCAAUUGUUGUCAAUUCUGGCCAGAAUUGUGAUAGAUUUAGAGGAAGAUACGAGGAUUUAGAGAUGGAAAGUUUGGAGGAUUAUACUUAUGUGACAAGCCAUGGACAUGGCAAGUCAACUACAAAGGUGUAUUAUGAUGGUAGUAGUACUGGACAUGACAGAAACGGGUUUAGUGCUUUUAAGAAAACCCCAGUGGCUAGAUUUGUGGAAGAUGUUUCGUACCCAACUUCAGAUUUUCUCAGUUCUUGUCACCUAUGCAGGAAAAAGCUGCAUGGCAGAGACAUAUACAUGUAUAGAGGGGAAAAAGCCUUUUGCAGUUCAGAGUGCAGAUCAACGCAAAUAAUGAUGGAUGAGAGGAAAGAACAAUGCAGAUCAGAAGCUUCGAGAUCUGCAAAAGUUUCAUCGUCCCCUCGUGAUAAUACGGGGGAAAUCUUCUCAACUAGGAUUCUUGCAAUUUAGUCUGAAGCAAGCAGCUUAUGAUUUUGGUAGCGAAGACUGUCCCCUUCAUAUACAAUUAAAUCUCUAGGAAAAUACCAUACGGUUAUGAGGACUAAUAAUAACUUUAAUUUCCCAAUGUCAAUUCAGAAACGAAAAAAACAGAGGAAAUUUUGGUCUAGUUGGUAGAGUUGGGGAAUAUGCUGUAAGGAGAAAUAUGAAGUUUGAUAAGAAAUGAACAUCAACUUGUAGUUUCCAUUUGAUUUUUGAGGCCUUUCUAUUUGUUCAUUAGAAAGUUAGAAAUAUGAAACUAUCUCGUUUUAUAGAUCCCAAAAAACCUAUUCAUCAGUUAGUAAAC